AUGGAGGUGAAGCGGCUGAAAGUGACCGAGCUGCGGUCGGAGCUGCAGCGGCGCGGCUUGGACUCGCGCGGCCUCAAGGUGGAUCUGGCGCAGCGGUUGCAGGAGGCGCUGGACGCUGAGAUGCUCGAGGACGAGGCCGGCGGUGGCGGGGCCGGGCCCGGCGGGGCCUGCAAGGCGGAGCCUCGGCCUGUGGCCGCGUCGGGCGGCGGCCCGGGCGGGGACGAGGAGGAGGACGAAGAGGAGGAGGAGGAGGACGAGGAGGCGCUGCUUGAGGACGAGGACGAAGAGCCUCCCCCUGCCCAGGCCUCGGGCCAGGCCGCGCAGCCGCCGCCGGAGCCCCCGGAGGCGGCAGCCGUGGAGGCCGAGGCGGAGCCCGAUGCUUCCGAGAAAGCGGCGGAGGAGGCCACAGCCGAGUCAGGUGGGGUAAACGGUGGCGAAGAGCAGGGCACCGGCAAGGGGGAGGAAGAUGAACCGGAGGAGCGGAGCGGAGACGAGACGCCGGGAUCCGAGGCGCCGGGUGACAAGGCCGCAGAGGAACAGGGAGAUGACCAAGAUAGUGAAAAAUCAAAACCAGCAGGCUCAGAUGGUGAGCGGCGGGGGGUAAAGAGACAGCGGGAUGAGAAGGAUGAACAUGGCCGAGCUUACUAUGAAUUCCGAGAGGAGGCCUACCACAGCCGCUCAAAGUCUCCGCCACCCCCAGAAGAAGAGGUGAAAGAUGAGGAAGAGGAUCACACUCUUGUGAACCUGGACACGUAUACCUCCGAUCUCCAUUUUCAAGUCAGCAAAGACCGCUAUGGAGGGCAGCCACUUUUCUCAGAGAAGUUCCCCACCCUUUGGUCUGGGGCCAGAAGUACUUAUGGAGUGACAAAGGGGAAAGUCUGCUUUGAGGCCAAGGUAACCCAGAACCUCCCAAUGAAAGAAGGCUGCACAGAGGUUUCUCUCCUUCGAGUUGGAUGGUCUGUUGAUUUUUCCCAUCCACAGCUUGGUGAGGAUGAAUUCUCUUAUGGUUUCGACGGACGAGGACUCAAGGCAGAGAAUGGGCAAUUUGAGGAAUUUGGCCAGACUUUUGGGGAGAAUGAUGUCAUUGGCUGCUUUGCUAAUUUUGAAGCUGAAGAAGUAGAACUUUCCUUUUCCAAGAAUGGAGAAGGCCUCGGUGUGGCAUUCCGUAUCAGCAAGGAAUCCCUAGCAGAUCGGGCCCUCCUACCCCACGUCCUCUGCAAAAAUUGUGUUGUAGAAUUAAAUUUUGGUCAGAAGGAGGAGCCCUUCUUCCCACCACCAGAAGAGUUUGUGUUCAUCCAUGCAGUGCCUGUUGAGGAGCGCGUGCGCACUGCAGUCCCUCCCAAGACCAUAGAGGAGUGUGAGGUGAUUCUGAUGGUGGGACUCCCUGGAUCUGGAAAGACCCAGUGGGCCCUGAAAUAUGCAAAAGAAAACCCUGAGAAAAGAUACAAUGUCCUGGGAGCUGAGACUGUGCUCAAUCAAAUGAGGAUGAAGGGGCUCGAGGAGCCAGAGAUGGAUCCCAAAAGCCGAGACCUUUUAGUUCAGCAAGCCUCCCAGUGCCUUAGUAAGCUGGUCCAGAUUGCUUCCCGGACAAAGAGGAACUUCAUUCUUGAUCAGUGUAAUGUGUACAACUCUGGCCAACGGCGGAAGCUGUUACUGUUUAAGACUUUCUCCCGGAAAGUGGUGGUGGUUGUCCCUAAUGAGGAGGACUGGAAGAAGAGGCUGGAGCUGAGGAAGGAAGUGGAGGGAGAUGAUGUGCCUGAGUCUAUAAUGCUGGAGAUGAAAGCCAACUUCUCUCUGCCUGAAAAAUGCGACUAUAUGGAUGAGGUGACAUAUGGGGAGCUGGAGAAGGAGGAAGCUCAGCCCAUUGUCACUAAAUACAAGGAGGAGGCAAGGAAGCUGCUGCCCCCCUCUGAGAAGCGGACAAACCGCCGGAACAAUCGAAACAAGCGUAACCGGCAGAACCGAAGCCGAGGCCAAGGCUACGUGGGCGGGCAGCGCCGAGGCUACGACAACCGGGCCUACGGGCAGCAGUGCUGGGGGCAGUCUGGAAACAGAGGGGGUUACCGUAACUUCUACGAUCGAUACAGGGGAGACUACGAUCGAUUCUAUGGGCGAGAUUAUGAGUACAACAGAUACAGAGACUAUUACAGACAGCAGUAUAAUCGGGAGUGGCCGAGUUACUACUACCACCAUCCCCAGGACAGAGACCGAUACUACAGGAACUACUACGGUUACCAAGGGUAUCGGUGA